AUGGCAGGAUCAGCACCAGAAGGUACACAGUUUGAUACGCAUCAGUUUGAUCAGAAGCUCAAUGAAGUCCUGGAGGGACAGCAUGAGUUGUUCACCUCGUAUGAUGAGGUCCAUGAGAGCUUUGAUGACAUGGGUUUGCAAGAGAACCUUCUUAGGGGUAUCUAUGCUUAUGGUUUUGAAAAGCCUUCUGCAAUUCAGCAAAGAGGAAUCGUACCCUUUUGCAACGGUCUUGAUGUGAUCCAGCAGGCUCAGUCUGGUACUGGAAAACCGCCACUUUCUGCUCUGGUGUCUUGCAGAAGCUUGACAUCACCCUUGUCCAGUGCGAAGCUCUUGUCUUGGCUCCCACCAGGGAGCUUGCUCAGCAGAUUGAGAAGGUCAUGCGUGCUCUUGGAGAUUACUUGGGCGUCGAGGUUCAUGCAUGUGUUGGUGGUACACGUGUUAGUGACGAUCAGCGUAUUCUCCAGGCUGGUGUCCAUGUUGUCGUUGGAACUCCCGAUCUAUGACAUAUUCCAGCUUCUCCCACCAAAGAUUCAGGUAGGAGUGUUCUCAGCAACAAUGCCACCAGAAGCUCUCGAGAUCAAAAAGAAGUUCAUGAGCAAACCAGUGAGAAUCUUGGUGAAACGUGACGAGCUAACACUUGAAGGUAUCAAGCAGUUCUACGUGAACGUGGAGAAAGAAGAGUAUAAGCUCGAAACUCUCUGUGACCUCUACAAUACUCUAGGAAUCACUCAGAGUGUCAUCUUCGUAAACACUCGUCGCAAGGUGGACUGGCUCACAGACCAAAUGAGAAGCCGUGACCACACGGUCUCGGCCACUCACGGAGAUAUGGAUCAAAACAUGAGAGACAUUAUAAUGAGAGAGUUCAGGUCUGGUUCUUCUCGUGUUCUUAUAACCGAUCUCUUGGCUCGUGGUAUUGAUGUUCAGCAAGAAUCUAUUGUAAUUAACUAUGACCUCCCAACUCAGCCUGAGAACUACCUUCACCGUAUAGGUAGAAGUGGAAGGUUUGGAAAGAAAGGUAUGGCGAUUAACUUUGUGACUCGUGAUGAUGAGAGAAUGCUUACUGAUAUUCAGAAGCUCUACAAUGUUGUUGUUGAUGAGCUUCCAUCAAAAUUCGCUGACCUGUUUUGA